UGAAUAAUGAAAAUCAAUUCAUUAAUCGGACAGCAACGUACACAGAGAAUUUUAUGUUAAUUUAUUAAUAAAUACCUAUUAAAAGUUAUACUAUUCUACAAAGAUGAUUAAAGAAAUCAUUUUUCUAGUGUUAAUAUUAAUCCAAAUUAUUAAUUGUGAACUCAUAUAUUCUGGUCAAGAUGCAUCAUUUAAUCCAGAUUGGUGGCAAAAAGAAAUAAUUUAUCAAAUUUAUGUAAGAUCAUUUAAAGAUAGUGAUGGUGAUGGAAUUGGAGAUUUAAGAGGAAUAAAUGAACAAGUAGAACAUUUUUCAAAUAUUGGCGUUUCGGCUAUUUGGCUUACUCCAAUUUAUCAGACUCCUGGAGUUGACUUUGGUUAUGAUAUUUCAGACUUUGAGAGAAUUGAUGAAACUUUUGGAACAAUGAGUGAUUUUGAUAAUUUGGUUGUAACGUAUCAUAGAUACGGAAUAAAAAUUAUUUUGGAUUUUGUUCCAAAUCAUACAAGUGAUAAACAUGUUUGGUUUAAAAAAUCUGUUCAAAGAAUAGCACCAUAUACAGACUAUUAUAUAUGGCAUGAUGGAAUUAAAAAUAGUGAAGGCAAAAGGAUGCCUCCUAACAAUUGGCUGUCAGUGUUUAAUAGUGGUUCCGCGUGGAAAUGGAAUGAGCAAAGAAACCAAUAUUACCUUCAUCAAUUCCUCGAAGAACAACCAGAUUUGAACUUCAGGAAUCCAAAUGUUGUACAUGAAAUAAGAAAAGCGUUAUAUUUUUGGCUUGAACGCGGAGUAGAUGGAUUCAGAUUGGAUUCUGCUAAUUUCUUGUUUGAGAGCAAAGAUUUAAGUAAUGAACCAAAAGCUGAAAACAAUACUAACAUGAAAGAUACCGAUUAUUAUUCACUAAAUCAUACAUAUACUAUUGACCAACCUGAAACCUAUGAGUUACACCAUACAUGGCGAGAACUACUUGAUGAAUACAAAGAGAAAGAUGGUUCAACCAGGUUACUAGUUGUUGAAUGUUACUCUCCUUUUAAUCAGACUAUGAAGUACUAUGGUAACAGUACUGUACCCGGUGCACAUUUUCCGUUUAAUUUUAUGUUAAUUAUAAAUUUCAAUCGACAAUCCAAUGCGAAUCAAUUACAAACUUUGGUCACUAAAUGGAUAAAAAACAUGCCCAAAGGCAUGUGGCCUAACUGGGUGCUCGGGAACCAUGACAAUAGUAGAAUUGCUUCGCGAUUUGAUCCAAUGCUUGUAGAUGGAUUACAUAUGUUUCAAAUGCUUUUGCCUGGUACCCCAGUUACAUAUUACGGUGACGAACUAGGAAUAAGAGACACAUUUGUUCGGUGGGACCAAACAAUUGACAAAGGUGCUUUAAAUGUUGGACCUGAAAGAUAUGAAAAAUUCACCAGAGAUCCUGUAAGAGCGCCGUUCCCUUGGAAUUAUUCAAUCCAUGGAGGGUUUUCCUAUGGAGAAAAAACGUGGUUACCAGUUAGUCCAGACUAUUGGAAAGAUAAUGUUCAAAGUGAAGAAAAAUAUAAAAGCCAUUUGAAAACUUACAAACAAUUAACGGAUUUAAGAAAAAAACCAACGUUCACUCAUGGAAAUUUGCAUGUGUAUACUAUUUCUGAUUGGGUAUUUGGAUUUUCAAGGAGUUAUACUGAUCAUCCAACAUAUGUUGUACUAAUUAAUCUUGGUAGUGAAAUGGAAAUAAUAAAUCUACGACAUAUCAGAAGAUCUCUACCUGAAAUUUUAAUGGUCAAAGUGUCAAGUAUUAAUUCUGGUUUCGUUACAGGAAACUUAGUAAGCAGGGAAUAUAUUACAUUGAGACCAAAAGCAGCUCUCACUCUUACUACUUCAUGACAUCAUGAAAAAUGAAUUACACAUUUUAAUUUGCAACAUUCAUUUAAAUGCAAAAUUAUUAAUGUGAUUUUUUUUAACAAAAAAGAUUUUUGUACAACAUAUUUUACCUAGAAAUUAAAUAUUUCAUCAGUAAU